AUGUCAUCUUCUCUCUCCGAAUAUCUUUCAACUAACUAUACAAAAUGUCCCCUGGAAACCAGUUUCCUAGCCUCCUGGCAAGGUUUAGCCUAUCCGAGUCAUAUAAUUCAAGCAUUCGGUUUCCCAUUUCAAUUGCUCACUUUUUGGUUAAUCCUCAAAAAAACUCCGCAAAGUAUGAAGUCCAUUAAGACCCCACUUUUGAUUGCUCAUAUUUGGUGUACAAUUUUGGAUUUUCAUUUUUCCACCUUGGUUACGCCAUAUAUGUUUCUUCCGUCGUUUACUUAUCUGCCUGUUGGGGUUUUGAGCCUUUUUAAAGUUCCAGUUUUAGUACAGAGUCUGUUGAUGGUACAAACUUUGAUUGUCGUGCUUCUCUCCCUGGUCUACGUCUUCGAGUGUCGUAGCCGAUCUAUUCAAGAAAACCGUCUGAAAUUCAGCUCCAAAGUUUUCAGAACCUUCUAUUAUCUAAUUUUAUACAUCCUCCCCUCCCUGAGCCUUCUUCUAUAUUUCAAAGUUCCAAAAAACCAAGAACUCGGAAAACUUGAAUCUCUAAAAUCCUUUCCAUGCCCUAACAAAGCAUUUUUUCAAGAAGAGACUUUUGUCGUCCUCUCGGACCCCUGGUGGCUGAGUUUCACACUGGCUAUUGCAAUUCCAGCCAUUGCAAUUAUAGUUUUUGCAAAUAUUAUAUUCCAUGUGUCAUGCUGUAUCUACUAUUUAUACAUGACACCUGGAGCAUCAACAUCUGUACGAACGCGUUUGAUUCAACGGAGAUUUUUCAUUGGAAUGUUCGCACAAACCGGAGUACCCUUUGUAGUUCUCGCGGUACCUUAUACCUGUCUGGGAGUAUCCAUGGCUAUUGAUAAAGUGUCACAGGUUAUCACUAAUUUAUCAUUUAUCAGUUUUGGAUUACAUGGGAUUGUGGAGAGCGCGUGUAUUCUUACUUUUCAUCACUCUUAUCGAAUGUAUGUGAAGCAUUUGUUUAUGAAGCCGUCUACUAUUAAAAUUGUUUCUGCUCAUCGAAGCGUCACCUGA